GACCUCCCCUUCUAGGAGAGGCCGAGGGUCAGGAGCAGGAGGAGGGACGUCUUCCAGAUGCAGAGGGUUUACGAGGCAACGGGGACAUAAGGGAGCCAACCUCAGCCACCUUCCGCUUCCCGCAGAAAAUGGUCAGAGGACGACGCUUCAACCCACCUUUAGACAAGGACGGAAGAUGGUUCCCUCAGAUUGGACUAACGCAGAAGACACCAGAAUCCAUCACAAGUGCUAUGUUGAAAGAACCCCACAGCCCACGUGUGUCUCAGCAAGUGGAGGGGAGGCUACCCCCAAUCUACAAGGUUCGAGAGAAGCAAGCGGUAGAUAACAACUUCCCCUUCUCCGUACACGACAAUCGCUACAGCUUUCAGAGCUCUGGAUGCUACCUUGACUCUGAGGCAGCGUCAGAAAGUCAGAUCCGAGAAGCUUUGUUUGGGCUCCACCUGGGCGCUGGUCUGGUCGCGUCGCUUGGAGCCGUGGAGCUGGUUCCCAGGGGAAAGAACAAGUGCGCUCGUGACCCAGGGUCACAGGGUUGUUCGCGGGAUCGUAAGUGACCGCGGUACCAUCUGGCCUUCCCUGCCCUAGAACACAUUGCUGUUCCUUAGGCCUGAAGGAGAAACGUUGAAGCCGUCGUAAAUAUUCUCCCGCCGUUUAUAAUCUUGGUCAAAGCACCCAGGACCCUCGUCAGCCACGAGUGACGUGUGCAGUCCUCCCGCACACGCCAUGGCGGUCCCCAAAAGGGACGGGCAAGUCUCAACAACACCCCAUGGGAGAAAUCAGAUUGUUCCCCUGAGAACAGACAGGCACCCAGGCCUGAGCAAACCAAUGCCUGACAUCUGUCACAUUCGGGAUCUUUAAAAGGAGGGAUUUGGCUCUGUGCGUCCACAGUCACUGGAGAGCUCAGCGUCUUUAGCCAAUCAGGGCGGUUCUGAUCAAAGCAGGUAUGUUUGCCAACUCAACCUGGCCUAAUUUCUAGCUCCUUCCUAACAGGGCUCUGCCCCCUUCCCUUUGGGCCUCGUGAGCCACAUUCUUACGGGCACCAACUGAAUAAAUGUAAGACAUGCCCAAACA